UUUCUUUUGACCAGAAUCACGACAAUCGUGGUGUGCCUUCAACACACACCACGUUCACCUCCCCAUCCUCGUCAUCGUCGCAAUCGAAGUCAACCUUCUCCACCAUGGCUGCCGUCCUCGCGCGCCCGCCUGCCAUAACGAGUCGCUCCUCCACGCCUCCACCACACCACAUCUCUCUAAAUACUUCUACUCGUGGCACUCCUGCAGCCAUUCCCAACAAACACAUUCCAGUAUGCCCGCCAGGUCCAAUUCCUGCUCGUGGUCUUCAAACCCCACCUUCCUCGCCGCCAACCAAGAACAACAUCAUCGAGACCACCGCCGUGACCUAUCCGCCGAACUUGCACUGCACCCAAUACUCGCACGAUCCUCCAUUAUGGACGAUCGAUGCGCAGAAGAUGGCUGAGGCAAUCGAGCAUACUGCGACGCAGCCAUUGCCCAACCCAGAGCAGGUAUUCCCAUGGCUGCACGGCUUGCACGCCGACAACCAGAUCCAACUUGCCUUCUUCACCUCGCGACGGAAGAGCGUACGGAAGGUACCGCUAUGCAUUCGUAGCGUCACGCUCGUCAAGACUGGCGGAGACUUGACCUCGUCAAAAUUGAAGGGUGCGAUCUCCCCCGAGGAAUUGUUGUGUCCCACCAAAGACUCCAACACUUUCAUCGAGUGCGACCCCAAAGACGGCUUCUCCGUUCGUAACUUCCAUAUUCAGGCUUGCAAAUUGGCCAUGGUCUCCGACAUCAUCGUGUACGGCGAUGACAAAACCCCUCUGCCCGACACAGUCGCCCUCGCAAAGCGCAUCUCCAAGGCUCAGAGACAAUACGAGGCAAGGAACGGGCUGCCUCGUGGGUUGUUCAAUACGUUCAUGCUCUCAGAUACCUUUGCCCAUGUACAAGAAGCACAUCCUGAACUAGUCGCCGUAGAUGCCGCGGGCGGCAUGACCGGACAUGUCGCAGAUUUCUUCUACUGGGAACGGUAUGAGAUGAGUUCCAUGUCCAAGGCAGCCGAGAUCAGUAACAAUGUGUAUCUUGGACCAACGCCCGACCCAACGCUGGACCCGAACACGACAGAAAGUGAUUUCGAUAUCCUCAUAGAGGCCAGUGACCUCGCACACAUCCCGGACAGCAGAUGUCUCACGGAGUGGCGGAACUCGAUCCAAAGUGUGCAAGACGGUCCGAUGCACAUUGAGUUCCCUUCCUCCGGUAGUAUCAUGCCCCCAACCUGGUCUCAUUCCGAAGUCGACGGACUCCUCGCCAUGUGCAAAUGGAUCUAUGAUUUGGCCAAUCCACACGCAUCCGAUAUUCUGAAACGGAGAGAUAGCAAGGAGGACGAAGCAAUUGCACUGGACGACAUCGUUCGAUCUCGAAAGUUUCUCAUCCACUGCACGGACGGCUAUACAGAGACUACGAUGUUGGCUCUGGCUUAUUUCAUGUAUGCCGAGGGCCUCUCCGCUGACCAGGCAUGGGUUCAGAUGCAUCGGGAUAAGGGUCGUAACUUCUUUGCGUAUCCCUCCGACGUUGCGCUGCUGACGCAAAUUCAACCCCGAAUCCUCCAAGCGUCGCCGAAAUUCCAGGGAAACAUCAUCACCAUGCAGGCGCCGAAGUGGAUGUCGCGCAUCGACGGCAGUCUGCCGAGCAGGAUUCUUCCUUACAUGUAUUUGGGGAAUCUCGGACACGCCAAUAACCCAGAAUUACUACGCGAACUAGGCAUUACCAGAAUUCUCAGUGUUGGCGAAUCACUAUCAUGGACCGACGAGAUGAAGAGAGAUUUGGACUGGCCAGAUGAGAAUCUCAUGCUCAUCGACAGAGUCCAAGACAAUGGCGUUGAUCCGCUCUGGGAUGAUUUCGGGCGUUGUUUGAAGUUUAUUGAAGAUGGGAAACUCGAAGGCGGAGCCACCCUCGUGCAUUGUCGAGUGGGAGUCUCUCGAUCCGCAACCAUAUGCAUUGCCGAAGUCAUGAACGAACUGGGUCUUUCGUUCCCCCGUGCCUAUUGCUUUGUUCGAGCGCGCCGACUGAAUGUCAUCAUCCAACCACAUCUCCGAUUCACCUACGAACUCCUCAAAUGGGAGGAGUACCAGCGUCUGCGACGCAACGAGCCUCUCCGCCGCGAGCUCGAAUGGGCUACCGUCUCCAGGGAGAUCGCCCUUAUGAACAAACCUUAUUCGAGGUGAUUUCCCAGCCAACCCACCUGGGAUUCUUUUUUUUUUUCUUCUUCUUCUGGUUCAGCAUGACACGAUUUAACGACGGUAUGAUAUGGGUAUUUGUCACGAUUUUUUCUCUCUCUCCUGGCUGUGGGUGCUUAUGUGC